AUGGGUGUCGUGGGUCAGUGGGCAAGUGAGCGGCCUGGGGUGGACGAGGAAGGGCUGGGCCCGGAGCUGGGCUCCUGCCAUCUUCCUGGGUACACGCAGUUUUCAUCCUGCAAAGAUUUCAAGAAGCAGCAGAGUCCAGAGCUCCAGGGCGGACCGGGCGACCUGAGGCUGGCGUACAGACACAGUUCCUGUGACGGAGUGGUGCUGGUCCGCCACGAGGAGCAGUGGGGACACGUGUGCAACCAGGAGUGGACGCUGGCGGAGGCGUCCGUGGUCUGCAGGCAGCUGGGCUGUGGCCAUGCCGUGGGUGCCCCCAAGUACGUCCCAUUGCCCGGGGAGAUGGUGCAGCCCUGGCUCCACAACGUGUCCUGCAGGGGUGAUGAGCCCUCCUUCUGGGAGUGCAGCCUCGGGGCUUGGACUCGGAGCAAGUGCCCUCACGAGUGGGUGGUGGUUGCUCUGUGCGCAAAUGGCACCUUUCGGGAGAUCCGGCUGGUAAAGGGCCGCAGCCCCUGCUCUGGACUGCCCGAGAUCAGGAAUGUGAAUGGGGUGGAUCGCCUCUGCGGCCUGCAUGAGGAGGAGGCCACGGUGUUCUGCCAGGAGCUGGGGUGUGGGCCUGUGCUUCAGGCCCCCCGCCAAGACGUGGGGGUCGUCAGGAAGUACAUGACGUGCAGGGGUACCGAGCCCACUAUCCGGAACUGCAGACUCAACAAUAAUCUCCGCAGUGGUUGUGACUUCCGGCAGGACGCGGAGGUGGUCUGCUCAGGACACAUGGAAGCCCGGUUGGAGGGCGGUGAGCACCCCUGUGCCGGGCGUCUGGAAGUGAGGCGUGGCCUGACCUGGGGCACUGUCUGUGACGCUGACCUGGACCAGGCAACGGCUCAUGUUGUGUGCCGGGAGCUGCAGUGCGGCUCGGCUGUGUCAACUCCUGGGGGCGCCCACUUCGGCCGGGGUUCUGGGCCUGUGUGGACAGAGGCCUUCCACUGUGCAGGCAAUGAGUCUCUGCUGUUCCACUGCCCCCGGGGGCCUGGGCACCAGUGUGGGCACCGCCAGGAUGCCGGGCUCAGGUGCUCAGGUGAGGCUGGGAGGUUCCGGCUGGUUAACGGCAGCAGCAGCUGUGAGGGGCGCGUGGAGCUCCAAGUGCAGGGGGCCUGGGCACCCCUCUGUGCUGCCCAGUGGGACUUAGCAGAUGCCACCGUCCUCUGCCACCAGCUCAACUGCGGUAGUGCGGAGGCCACACCCCGAGGAGGCCACUUUGGGAACGGGGACGCUCCCAUCUGGCCUGAUGUGUUUCACUGUGUGGGGACAGAACCCUAUUUGUGGAAUUGCCCAGUAAGCACCCUGGGGGCCGGGGCCUGUGCGCUGGGAAACACGGCUGCCGCGGUCUGCUCAGGUCUCCUCAACGCCCUGCGGCUGAGGGACGGACAGAGCCGCUGCGAUGGCCGCGCGGAGGUCUCCCUGGAUGGGGUGUGGGGCCGCGUCCUGGACGACGCGUGGGACCUGCGCGGCGCCCGCGUGGUGUGCGGGCAGCUGGGGUGCGGACAGGCUGACCGGGCCUACGACGCGCCUGCGCCCAGGCGCGGGGCGGUCCCGGUGGGGCUGAGCCGCGCGCGCUGUCAGGGCACCGAGACUCGCCUGACCCAGUGCAACGUGUCCGCAUCCCCGCUGGUACCCUCGGGGGCCUCGCGGGACGCGGGCGUCGUGUGCUCCGGGAGCCGGCGGGUGCGGCUGGCCGCGGGGCCCCACCGCUGUGCGGGGCGCGUGGAGGUGCUGCACGGGGGCACGUGGGGCACCGUGUGUGACGACGGCUGGGACCUGCGGGACGCCCACGUGGUCUGCCGGCAGCUGGGCUGCGGCCAAGCCCUCCGCGCCCUGGGGGCCGCGCCCUUCGGUGCGGGGUCGGGGCGCAUCUGGAUGGACCAGCUGGGCUGCCGCGGCCACGAGUCUGCGCUGUGGCAGUGCCCGUCGCGGGGCUGGGGCCAGCAGGACUGUGGGCACAAGGAGGACGCCGGCGUCAUCUGCUCAGGGUCAGUGGCUCUGAGACUGCGAGGUGGUAUCCACCACUGUGCUGGGUGGCUGGAUGUGUUCUACAAUGGGACGUGGGGCGCCGUGUGCAGUAAUGCCCUGAAGGACAUCUCCUUGUCCAUCAUCUGCAAGCAGCUGGGCUGUGGGGAGCAGGGCUGGCUAGAGAACAGACCCAUCCACACUGGCUCAGGCACCUCCUGGGUGGACAACAUCGAGUGCCGCAGGCUGAGAAACUCCACACUGUGGCAGUGCCCCUCGGCACCAUGGUACCCACAUUCCUGUACCCCUGGAGAGGAGGUCUGGAUCACCUGUGCAGAGAAAAUGACACAGGAUUCCGGGGAGACCCUCAACUGCUCAUCCACCCACAGCUGCCCAGAAGAGGGUAUGCUGCGUGUGCGUGGGGGCAAGGACAACUGCUCUGGCCGCGUGGAGCUCUGGCAUGCUGGCUCCUGGGGCACCGUGUGUGAUGAUUCCUGGGACCUGGCAGACGCAGAGGUGGUGUGCCGCCAGCUGGGCUGUGGCCCGGCUGUGGGUGCCCUUGUGGGGGCUGCCUUUGGGCCAGGCUCGGGGCCUGUGUGGCUGGACGAGGUGGGGUGCCGUGGCAGCGAGGCAUCCCUGUGGAGCUGUCCCACAGAGCCAUGGGGCCUCGGAGACUGUGGGCACAAGGAGGAUGCGGGCGUGCGCUGCUCCCGCCCUCCCCUGGCCCCCGCGUCUGCCCUCGAGGCCGGGAACCUGCCCAUGAUGUUUUGCGUUGUCCUCGGCACCCUGCUGGUCAUUGUCUCCCUGGUCCUGGGGGCGCAGGGGUACCGUGGCAGAACCUGCAGGGGUUCCAGAACGUUGAGGAGUUUGCCCUCGGAAGGUGUUUAUGAGGACAUCGGAGCUGACCCCAUGGGGGAGAAAGACGAGGGGCCCAGAGUGUCCCAGAACCUGGCCCUGGAGGAGGAGUAUGAUGACGCUGGGGAGCCGGAGCUGGGCCCUGAGGAGGAGGAGGAGGAAGAGGAGGAGACGCCCCUGAGCCCCACCGGUGUGCACCUCUGCGCCUUGCUGUCUGGCGUGCUGUCCCUUCUGUACUGCACCUAUGCCUGGGGCUCUGCUCUGGCCAGUGCCUACAUUUAA